AAAAUUUUUACGGUUUUUUUUUUCAGAUCAAAAUACCGAUUCCGAGAUGUUUUCGAACAUACUCGACAAGCUCUCUCGCCAAUUGCAUGAUUUUUCAUUGAAACCCUGGAAAGGUUCUAGUUCUGUGCCUCCGACACCACAAAAUAGCAGGACAAAUCUGGUUGAGCUUACUAGAGUAGAGACAAAUCCGAGCAAGUCUUACGAUUACCAGGUAAAGACUGAGAAAAGAAUCUACAAACGAUCCGAUCCAAUCGACAUUGUAUACCCAAAGAAAACCUUGUGAAAUGCUCAAACCUUGUUCAUUUCCCAGUUAAUCGGACUGCAUUUCGUUUUGCACGUUGUAUACCUCCAAUAUUGUCCCACUUUAUGACAUGACAUAGUACUCUCAUUCUAUGGUAACAUUUUGCAUGUAGCAAUUAAUAGCUGCUGGUUAUUUGCUAUCGUAGCUCUCCAAGAU